UCUGCUGAGGCGAGCUGGAGGGAAAAAAAGGGAAAAAAAACCAAGGGAAAAAAGGCAUAUCUGAGGGGUUUGAGGGGCGGAUUUGGACAAACUUUCCCAACUGUCCCGACCCGAAGAGGCUCCGGGGGGGUUGACGGGGAGUCGAUUUCACCGAAAACAUGUUGCCUAUGUGUCAGUGGGAGAUGAUCGGGAAACAGAAGAUUGGAGAAAUAAUGGACGAUUCCCAUUUCAACUCAUCAUACUUUUGGUCUCCCGUCCCCACUGUACAAGGACAGAUCGAGAACGCCAUGUUCCUGAACAAGGCAAAGGAGCAACUGGGCCAGGAGAAGGUCAACGUACUUUCCUUCCCUCACGCCUCUGCGUCUUCCACCUCCUCCCCUCACUACCCCACGGCUGUCCUCGCCAUCCCCGGCUCGGUGGACACAGGGCCCGGGGUGCGGCUGGUCCCCAAACAGGAAGGAGGUGGGGGAAACGCAGCGGGGGGAGGUGGCGGCAUGAGUGCACUCGGGGGACACUUGCACCAGUCGCACACCACCCAGAACAUCACCGUUGUGCCGGUUCCCUCAACGGGUAUCAUGACCGCCGCGGGGUUAGUGAUCACCACCCCUCAAGGCACACUGGUCCCCACCGCCUCCACGCAUUCCUUUGUAGCCGGACACCCCACUGCCACCACCAUGAUAGUUUCCGCGGUGCACCCCUCACAUACAGACAAGAAGGAGAACAUUUCUGUGCCUCCUGCGGUUGUCAUGCCGAUGCCAUCAAAGCGGGGCAGGAAGAGCAAACAGAUGUUGGCCAGAGUGGCCGGAAUGGGUGGGGUCCUUCCUCCAGGAAGUGAUGCAUUAAUAUUAGCACACCUCGCCGCUGGUGGACAGCACCACACUGCUGACCCAUACGACCUGUCAAAUGAUGAGGAUGAUCAUACCAACAAAGACGGUCCCAAAUCCUACAGGUGUCGUAUGUGUGCGAUGACGUUCUUCAGCAAGUCGGACAUGCAGAUCCACGCCAAGUCCCACACGGAGGCCAAGCCCCACAAGUGUCCCCACUGCUCCAAGUCGUUCGCCAACUCCAGCUACCUGUCCCAGCACAUCCGCAUCCACAGCGGGGCCAAGCCCUACACCUGCUCCUACUGCCAGAAAACAUUCAGGCAGCUCAGUCACCUCCAGCAGCACACACGAAACCACACGGAGGCCAAGCCCCACAAGUGUCCCCACUGCUCCAAGUCGUUCGCCAACUCCAGCUACCUGUCCCAGCACAUCCGCAUCCACACCGGGGCCAAGCCCUACGCCUGCUCCUACUGCCAGAAAACAUUCAGGCAGCUCAGUCACCUCCAGCAGCACACACGGAUUCACACCGGUGACCGACCGUAUAAGUGUAACCAUACUGGCUGUGAAAAAGCUUUCACUCAGUUGUCCAACCUCCAGUCUCACCGUCGGCAGCACAACAAAGACAAGCCGUUCAAGUGCCACAACUGUAACCGUGGUUACACAGACGCUGCCAGCCUGGAGGUGCACCUGUCCACGCACACCGUCAAACACGCCAAGCUGUUCUCCUGUGGCCUCUGUAACCGAUCCUAUACCUCGGAGACGUAUCUCAUGAAACACAUGAGGAAGCACAACCCCGACCCGCUAACAGUGGCAGCAACAGUAGCUGCUCAGCAGGCCCAGGGCCUCACACCGGGCAGGGGCCGAGGCCGUGGCCGAGGCAGGGGCAGAGCGGGCCAGCUCCAAAGCCAGGCCAACCCUAACAACAACACCCAGAGCCAUGGACCGCCAGGCAGCUACCAGCCAACCCAGCAGUCGCCGCAAGCCGUGGUCCAGUGCCCGUUCGACCUGCACCAGUACAAGACAGUGUCAGCCGGCGAGAUCCAGUACAAACCAGUCUCUGUGGCGGACCUGCCAGCGGUCCACAAAAACCUCUGCCUCACCGUCUCCACCUCGGCCAUACAGGUGGAGCACAUGAACUCGUAGGAUGCGUAUUCCCACUCUAUUUGAGACAUUUCUUAUUGUAUUUGCAGUGUAAAAAGGUCCAUAUAAACAAGUCAUUUCACUGUAUUCACUAUUAUCGUCAUCUUAAGAAAGAAGAAAUGGCUCCCAGGAUGGAACAUUUUACCAAGGCCAUUUUUUUCCCUUCUUUUUAAGAAGCUUUAAUGCGGAGUACAGCAUUACAUUACUGGUCAGAACACAGAUAUUUUACAAUGUGCUUCUCGAUUCCUGAGUCUCUCUUAGUAGAACUGCUGGUUAUUCUUCAGUCUGGAGCCAGAUUCCUCCAGUUUUAGACUGAAUAGACCCCUCAUUUGACAUCACUUUAGGCUUUUAUAACAUUAUGAAUGACAUGCUGAUUAAAUCCAGACCUGAAGUAUGUUUAGUCUAGUUCACCUUUUUCAACUGUGGGUCAAUGGACCAAUGAGCUUUGUAAAACACACUCAACACCUUGAUCCAAAACCAGCAGUCCGAGUAGCUUGAUAAAAGAGGCUCACUGGUGUCCCAUCUCUUUGUUAUUGCAUUGUUUGCAAUGGGCACCAUCGGAGGAUGAAGAUGUAAAAUAUCUGUAAAAUACAAAAAAGUAAAAUCACACGACUCUCUGCACAUUCAUUGUCCAGAGAAUGGUGUUCUCUUUGAACACGUUCAGAUCACAUUAAUCUGAACAUUCUCCAUUAUUUAGUUCCAGACAAAACAAGGGCGAGAAAGAAGACAAGGAAUCCAAGAUGAACCCCGGCAAGGAUGGACUUAGUAAAUACGUGUGAGUUUUAAAAUGACACCUCUGGCUGAAUUGGAGCCUGAGAAAAUAUUGCAAAAAAGAAGAAGGGCAGGAGAAAGAAUGGUGAGGUGUAUUAUUGAAUGGGGCUAAAACCUGGGGCUGAGUCUCAAAGUGUGCAUGAUGUCCUUAUUCACACCCUCCUGCCCUCAGACAGCGAGGAGUUGAGGAACCAUUUCUCUGUCGGAGCCCAAAGUCUUGAUCAAAAGAGACGGCCGGUUGGAGAAUGCACUAAACGAGGCGGAAACACGUGAGAGAGAGAAGAGGGGUCAUAAAGAAAGCACUUGAUGAAGCUUGUACUUCAUGUCUAUAUUUUCCAUUGUUGUACUUUUUUCUUUUAGAUAUCGUAUGUAUGUAUUUUUCUACCAACAGAGGAACGUGUGAACGAACUAGGAGAGAAAGCAAAGUGAUAAAUGAAUGUGAAGGGAACGGGGAAUGACGGUGAACUAUUCUCCAAUAGUAGUAAAGACGGCCCGACUCAUCAUCGUCUGAUGUUGGGGGAAUAAUGAUUUUGUGAUACAAAAAAUAGCUGACUGGUACUGUUAUCAAUCUUUUUUUCUUUUCUGUUGUUUUUUUUACUUUUCAUACAUAUUACUACUUUCAAUAUAACCAUUGCAAAUGUUAUCCACAAUAUUAUGAAUCUGAGGCAUUAUUGUAUUGCAGUAUGCUGUACAUAAAAUAGAUAGAACGACUUUUUCAUCUGUAAAAGGGAAGUAUGUCCUGUGUAAAGCAUAUAUGGAAACUAAAGGAACUCAAAUCAACAAGUAGCAAGGCGUCGGCUGUGUCCCAUGUCACGUUCAGCGCUGAUGGAGGAUCAGCUCCAGGGAGGAGAAGUUGGUCAAACUACGGGGAAAUAGUUGUUCUCUUUCCUGCCAUUUGAACGGUGCCCGCCCAUUGCACCUGGUGAUAUUCGUUCUAAUUACGAUGUGACCGGAAAUUAUGUCACCAAGUUCCCUCAGUGUUUAAUUGGUCUGAAUCAUUACAUUUGAUCAGGCCUAUGAGACAAGAUUGUUGUGGCUUUGGAACCGAACCCCCCUCCCCCUAUUAGCACUUCAGCAAAUGAUAUAUAUUAGUAUGUCCUUCUGAUCACAUUACAUGAAACAAGUCUCGGUGACCUGGGACACACUGCUGCCAUGUUUUUGUGCACAAGCUGUCUCUUACCCAAUCAGUGUUCAAGCAGCCUGAUUCCUCAUCAUGUAUGCUCCUCUUGUAUUUUAAUGUGUCUUAUUAUGAAAAAUAACAAGAUUCUCAAUA